UGAUGUAAUUUGAUACGAUUAGAAGGUGAAAGAAAAGGAAAGCAAAGUCAUAAAAAGGUUGUAAUCUUUUGUUGACCGAAGAUGCGGAGGUGGGGCACUAACACCGCCGCCAUCGCCGCCGCCGUCGCCCGAGGCGCAUCAAUAUAAAAGCCAAGCUCUCACGCUUCUUCUUCCCAUCCGCCAUUGCCACUUCUCUCUCUUCCUCAAAUUCCUUUUCCUUUUCCUUUUACAACGCCUGGCCAUGUUUAAGAUUCCAGAUCAUCAAGUUGCUGGCCAUCAAGCCAGUAGUGGAAUAAUGGGUCCUCUUGUAGAUGAUUCAGGGCUCUUCUUCAAGCCUUUACAGAAGGAUGAACGAGGUUCGAAGGAAGUGGCUUUCUAUAAAUCAUUCUCUUCAAAUACCAAAAUUCCUGAUAAAAUUCGUUCCUUCUUCCCUGCCUUCCAUGGAACUCGAGAUAUACCGGCAUCAGACGGUUCUGGCUUGCAUCCUCACCUUGUUUUGGAGGACCUAAUCUCAAAUUACGAAAAUCCGUCGAUUGUGGAUAUUAAGAUUGGUUCUAGAACUUGGUAUCCACAAGCUUCCGAGGAGUAUAUUCAAAGGUGCUUUAAGAAGGAUAGAGAAACCUCUAGCUUGGCCUUGGGGUUCAGGCUUUCAGGAUUGCAGAUUCAUGUGAGCCAAAAAGUUGGAUAUUGGAAGCCAGAGAGGAAAUUUUUGCAAAACUCUUCGGCCGAGAAAGUUAAGAUUAUUCUGAAAAAAUUUGUUUCUUCAAACGCUUCUGCAGAUUCUGAAGUGGAUGAUCUUGAUUGUGUUUUUGCACCAUCGGUUUAUGGUGGUACAAAUGGGAUUUUGGCACAAUUAUUGGAGCUCAAAACUUGGUUUGAAGAUCAGAAGUUUUACCAUUUUUAUUCUAGCUCAGUGCUCAUGGUGUAUGGUAAAGAAUCUGCGCUGGAAACUAAGUCGAAUUUAGCCAUUAAGCUUGUCGAUUUUGCUCACGUUGUAGAUAGCAAUGGUGUCAUUGAUCAUAAUUUCUUGGGUGGGCUCUGUUCUUUGAUCAAGCUUAUCUCGGAGAUUUUGACUGAUUGCUCUGACUGCCUGGACAAAACUUGUCUCCCAUGCGCUGAUAAUGGUUUGAACUGCAACUGCGACGACUCCGAUCAGUAAGCAGCUAUUCCAUAUCAAGGUUCAAACAUUUUUGUUUAUGAAGAAGGAUUAUAUCAGUGUUCUAACUCUGAACAGUUAUUCCAUAUGCUUUUAUCUUAUGAAACAAUCUCACCAAAUCCUAUUGCCGAAUGUUUUGGGAAGUGGUUCUUUUACUUGUUGAAACUUUAGGAACAAAUUUUGUUGAGUUAUGGAUCAGCCCUUUGUGUAAUUUGGUUUGAUUUGUAAUUUCUUAAAAGUUCUUUGUAAGUUAUUGCACAUGGGUCCUCCCAUAUCUUCAGCCUUGAAUGAAAUAAGCUUAUUCGCUAA